AUGAAAGCGGUCUCUGAAUCAGACUUAGCAACUAGCUUUCCUACAAGCAUCAACAAGGUGAAACCAAUGAAGGGUGUCAAGCUGAGGAAGAAAAAGCUCUACAAGAAGUCAGUGGCCACAGGUCCACAAAGAGCAAAUGACUCAAUUGAAAGAGAAUCCUUAUGGGGAGACAUUGCUAGACAUGUUUCCACUCUCUCCUCUGCUCCAUGUUUACUUGGAGGGGACUUCAAUAUCAUUUUAUCAGAUUCUGAAAAUUUUGGAGGGUCAACCAAGACUACAAAAGCCAUGCUGGAUUUUAGAGAUUGCCUUCAUCAGUCCAACUUGGAGGACCUAAAGUACACUGGCAUCUUCCAUUCUUGGUCCAAUAAAAGUGAAGGGGUAGCUAAUAUUUCAAAGAAGCUGGAUAGGGUCUUGAUCAAUGAUUCCUGGACCCAUUCAUUUCCAUUGUCUUACUGCAACUUUCUCCCACUUGGCAUCUCUGAUCAUUCUCUGAUGAUCAUCAGCUUAGGCAAUCCAGCACCACCAAGGAAGGUUCCCUUUAGAUUUUUUAAUUGCUGGAGCAAUAAUGACUCCUUCCUACCCUUGAUUCAAUCCAUUUGGGAUGAACCUGUUGCAGGCUUUACUAUGUUUCAAGUUGUCACUAAAUUGAAGAACCUCCAACAGCCACUCAAGAAAAACUUCUCAACUAACUUCAGUGCCAUUAAAUUGGAGGUUCAACAUGCCCAUGAUCUUCUCUCUCAAUGCCAAGCUGCACUUGACAUUAAACCAGAUGACAGUUCACUUAGAAGCCAAGAGAAACAACUCAUUGCUUUAUAUUCACUACUGAGGAACUCUGAGGAACAGACAUACAGGCAGAAAUCAAGGGUGUUAUGGCUCAAGGAAGGUGACUCCAAUUCCUCAUUCUUCUUCAAGUCCAUUGCCUCUAGGGUCAACAGGAAUAAAACUACCACAAUCAACUCUGCAAAUGGAGACCUGCUGGAUACUGAUUCUGCCAUCAAGAAAGAGAUUGUAUCUCAUUUCCAGUCUACUUUAGGACUAAAUCCUCAUCCCUACCCAGGUAUGGCCCCUCUCUCAUCCUUUAUCCAACCCACAGUUCCACCACAGUUCAUUUCUUCACUUUGUUCUAUACCAUCUAAUGAGGAAAUCAAGAACUAUGACUUGAUGCUAUUUUCAUAUGGAAACCUUGAAUCCCUAAGCUCACUUAAACAAGCCAUUGACACCUUCUCAUCCCUAUCUGGCCUGCAAAUCAACAAAAACAAAUCUCAUGUUUUCCUAUCUGGUGUUAAUGAUUCCCUUGAGGCUGCCAUCCUUGCCCUACUUGGCUUUGAGAAGGGUGCACUACCUGUUAGGUAUAUUGGGGUACCAUUUGUCUCCACUAUGUUGAGAUCUACUGAUUGCAGGUCACUAAUUGAUAGGAUCACUUUAAGAAUUGGCCAUUGGACUAGCAAGAAUCUCUCUUUUGCUGGCAGACUUCAACUUAUUAGAUCAAUCCUAUUUUCUACACAAAUGUACUGGAGCUCUAAGUUCAUCCUUCCAGCAAGCAUAACACAUGAAUUAGAAAGUAUCUUUGGUGCAUUUCUUUGGACUGGUCCAAUUCUAAGAACUUCAGGUGCAAAAAUUGCUUGGGACAAGUGUUGUCUACCUAAAAGGCCUUCAACAUGGAAUGACUUGAUCAAUUGGGCCUCCCACCACUGGAAAGGCAAUUCACAGUUCCAUAGUAAUUCUGUAUCUAAGCUUAGCCUUGCAGCACUGGUCUACAACAUCUGGAUAGAGCGCAAUAAUAGAAUCUUUCAGAAAAAGUACCAAUCUGCAAAAUCAAUUCUUCAUAUCACUCUGGAUUCCAUCCGAUCCAAACUCCUCAACUCUUCAAUCACUGAUGCAUCCGUUGCAAGUAGAGUCGCAGCUAAAUGGGAACUCCCUGAAAGUGUCAUACGACCGUCGGCGAAACCACCUGAUCGGAGAAAUUGA